GCGGCUCCUCUACUCUAGUCCCCUCCUUAAACCCUAGCCCUCCGCCGCCGCCGCCGCCAUGGAGACCCUCAAGCGCAAGGCUCCGGAAGUACCCGCCGCCCGGGCCAACUCACCUACCAAGGCGCCGCGGGACGACGACGCCCCCGCCGCACCGGCCGCCUCCGAGCCCGUCGCCUGCGUGCACGAUGUCUCCUACCCGGAAGGCUACGACGCCUCCACCUCCUCGCGGAUCGUCGCCGGCGGCGGCGAGGGCGUAGCGCCAGCAAAGACGUUCCCUUUCAAGCUCGACCCUUUCCAGUCCGAGGCCAUCCGGUGCCUCGACAACGGCGAGUCCGUCAUGGUUUCGGCUCACACGUCAGCAGGGAAGACGGUGGUUGCGCUGUACGUGAUAGCAAUGUCUCUACGCAACCAGCAGCGGGUCAUCUACACGUCCCCGAUCAAGGCCCUCAGCAACCAAAAGUACAGGGAAUUCAAGGAGGAGUUCUCCGAUGUCGGUCUCAUGACCGGAGAUGUCACGAUUGAGCCCAAUGCCUCUUGUUUGGUCAUGACCACGGAGAUCUGGCGCAGCAUGCAGUACAAAGGGUCCGAGGUCAUGAGGGAAGUCGCUUGGGUUAUAUUUGACGAGGUCCAUUACAUGCGCGAUAGGGAGAGAGGAGUUGUGUGGGAGGAGAGUAUAGUAAUGGCUCCCAAGAACUCGCGCUUUGUGUUCCUCUCAGCAACUGUACCAAACGCCAAGGAAUUUGCUGAUUGGGUUGCCAAGGUACAUAAGCAACCGUGUCAUAUAGUAUACACCGACUAUCGACCUACACCUCUCCAGCACUAUGUAUUUCCUUCUGGAGGUGAUGGCUUAUACCUGGUAGUUGAUGAAAAUGGCAAGUUCAGAGAGGACAGUUUCCAGAAAUCUUUGAAUGUCCUUGCCCCUGCUAGUGGCGGUGACAAGAAGAGGGAAAAUGGGAAGCGGCAAAAAGGGAUAUCGGCAGGCAAACCUGGUGAGGAGAGCGACAUAUUCAAGAUGGUGAAAAUGAUAAUUCAGCGUCAAUAUGACCCUGUGAUACUUUUCAGCUUUAGUAAAAGAGAGUGUGAAUUUCUUGCUAUGCAGAUGGCCAAGAUGGACUUGAAUGAGGAUGAUGAGAAAGUAAACAUUGAAACAAUUUUUUGGAGUGCCAUGGAUUUGCUGUCAGAUGAUGACAAAAAGCUUCCUCAGGUUUCAAAUAUGCUUCCGUUAUUGAAACGCGGCAUUGGUGUGCAUCAUUCUGGCCUAUUGCCCAUUUUGAAGGAGGUGAUCGAGAUACUUUUCCAGGAGGGCCUCAUCAAGUGUCUGUUUGCCACAGAAACAUUCAGUAUUGGAUUGAACAUGCCUGCAAAGACUGUUGUGUUUACCAAUGUACGGAAAUUUGAUGGGGAUCGAUUCAGAUGGUUGUCAAGUGGAGAGUACAUCCAGAUGAGCGGCCGUGCUGGUCGUCGAGGUAUUGAUGACCGUGGUAUCUGCAUAUUGAUGGUAGAUGACAAAAUGGAACCGUCAACUGCCAAAAUGAUGCUAAAAGGAGGUGCUGAUAGUUUGAACAGUGCCUUUCAUCUGAGCUACAACAUGUUAUUAAAUCAAAUGCGCUGUGAGGAUGGUGAUCCAGAAAAGCUUCUUCGACAUUCAUUCUACCAAUUCCAAGCAGAUCGAGCUCUCCCGGACCUUGAGAAGCGAGUCAGGGAACUGGAAAUAGAGAGAAAUUCCAUGGUUAUUGAUGAAGAGGAGAGCUUGAAGGACUACUAUGAUCUCCUAGAACAGUACAAAACUUUAAAGAAGGAUGUACGUGAUAUUGUACUUUCCCCAAAAUAUGUUUUGCCUUUCUUGCAAUCUGGAAGGCUUGUUCGUGUUCAGUUCAGUACAGAUGAGCAACCCACCUUCUCCAUUGAUGAAAAUGUCACAUGGGGAAUUAUAAUAAACUUUGAAAAGGUGAAGACCCAAGCUGAAGACAGAAAACCUGAGGAUUGUGAUUACGCUGUUGAUAUCCUCACCAGAUGUUCUGUAAACAAGGACAUAAGUGGAAAGAAGACCAUGAAGAUUAUUCCUCUCAAAGACCGUGGAGAGCCUGUUGUUAUUUCGUUGCCACUUUCCCAGAUCGAUGGACUGAGCAGUGUUCGGAUGUACAUACCUAAGGAUCUUUUGCCUGUAGAAGCUCGAGAAAAUACCUUGAGGAAAGUCGAAGAAGUGAUUUCCAGGUUUGCUAAAGAUGGGAUUCCCCUAUUGGAUCCAGAAGAAGAUAUGGAAGUAAAAUCAAGCUCCUACCGGAAAGCCACCAGAAGAAUAGAAGCUCUGGAGAGCUUAUUUGAGAAGCAUGACGUCCGUAAUUCUCCCCAUAUCCAACAAAGGCUUAAGAUCUUUCAUGCUAAGAAAGAAAUAUCUGCCAAAAUAAAGUCCAUCAAGAAAACCAUGCGGGCUUCAACUGCUCUAGCCUUCAAGGAUGAGCUUAAGGCCCGGAAACGAGUUCUUCGUAGGCUGGGAUACAUCACAAGUGAGGAUGUUGUUGAAGUGAAGGGCAAAGUGGCAUGUGAGAUCAGCUCAGCUGACGAACUAACAUUGACAGAGCUUAUGUUCAGCGGUGCUUUGAAGGAUGCUACCGUAGAGCAGAUGGUGGCUCUGCUCUCUUGCUUUGUUUGGCAGGAAAAGCUCCAGGAUGCACCAAAGCCUAGGGAUGAGCUCGACUUGCUCUUUUACCAGCUGCAGGAGACGGCACGUAGGGUUGCUAACCUUCAGCUCGAAUGCAAGAUCCAGAUCGAUGUGGAGACUUUCGUGAAUUCGUUCCGACCAGAUGUAAUGGAAGCCGUGUAUUCAUGGGCCAGAGGGUCCAAGUUCCACCAGAUCAUGGAGAUGACCCAGGUGUUUGAAGGCAGCUUGAUCAGGGCCAUCAGGAGGCUGGAGGAGGUCCUGCAGCAGCUGAUCCUGGCAUCCAAGUCGAUCGGCGAGACCGAGCUAGAAGCGAAGCUAGAGGAAGCUGUUAGCAAGAUUAAGAGGGACAUCGUGUUUGCGGCAUCUCUGUACUUGUAACACGAACAUUUUUGCUGGCGCCACAAAGAACUCUCAUUUGUCUGAAUGGCAGAUACUCUACAAUUUUGUCACUGUAGUAGUCACUUUGUAGCUUUGUACAAUCAAGUGCUAAUUGAAUUAAUUGGAUGAAAAAUUCGAAGGAUGCAAAAUUGUAUUCGUUUCCUUAUGUAUACAGAAACUAUGUCAAGAAUGGCUGUAAACAGGCCAGUGAAGUCUCAGAUAAAUCUUGUAAUGUUUUGAUUUCACCUGAAGGGGUGUCAGUGAGUGUCUGA